UGAAGUGGAGAGGAGAGUGAGAGCACUUGGAUGUGUUUUUUUCCGUUCAGGCGAGGCGCGAGAAAGGGAUGCUGAUUUUGUUGCAUGGACCUCGAAGAUUCGCUAGUUUAUUUGGAAAGCAAUUUGACGGGACAAACGCUUUUAUUGUCCGGAGUUUUGUUUUAUUAUGGACAUGACGAUAGAAGCGAGCAGCGAUGUCUAUAGACGAUGAACUAUUGGACGGAAUGGGUCUAUCCAGUAGAGUGAACAACAAAAUUGACUUUUCUGUUUACAUGUAUUUGCUUAUUUUAUGUAGAGUGUUAUUGUUUUCUUGGAAAUAGCACUAAUGGUGUACUUUACACUGCGCUGUCUUAUGGAUGUUUUCCAAGUUUCGGACAAUUCGCACCAAAGCAACUUGCAAUAAUUAGUACACAAAAUAUAGCUUUUGACGCAUUAACGAGUCGAUACAACUGCGAGAAUGGACGCCGGAAGCGAGGUGUCAACUUUGGUUUCUCCCGGUACCGAUGGAAAUGCGCCGAAACAUCUGUGGAGGCAACAGAGCCCGGUUCCUCUUCAAAUCCAGAACUCUUUCGGUUCGCGCAAGAACUACCGGGUGAGACAGAGAGGCUUUUCCGACACGGAAAAGUACCUGAAUCCCAGGACCAUGGACCGGACAUAUGCCGUGGACACCGGUAACCGUCCCGGUUUGAAGAAGUCCAGAAUGUCAUGGCCAUCAUCCUUUCAAGGACUUAAGCGCUUUGAUGUGGACAAUGGCACCUCAUCAGGACGUAGUCCGCUGGAUCCCAUGGCUAGCCCGGGGUCAGGUCUCAUCCUCCAGGCCAACUUUGUGCACAGCCAGAGGAGAGAGUCCUUCCUGUACCGCUCAGACAGCGACUAUGACCUCUCACCAAAGUCUAUGUCCAGAAACUCCUCCAUCGCCAGUGACAUACACGGUGAUGACAUGAUUGUUACACCUUUUGCACAGGUUCUGGCGAGUUUAAGGACUGUCCGGAAUAAUUUUGCUGCUUUAACAAAUGUACAACAGGAAAGGCCCAAUAACAAGAGAUCCCCCAUGUGUAACCCGCCUCCCAUCACAAAGACCUCCUACACAGAGGAGGCCUACCAGAAACUGGCCACAGAGACCCUGGAGGAGCUGGACUGGUGCCUCGACCAGCUUGAGACCCUACAAACCAGGCAUUCGGUCAGCGAGAUGGCAUCCAACAAGUUCAAGAGGAUGUUGAACAGGGAAUUGACUCACCUCUCAGAGAUGAGCCGAUCUGGUAACCAGGUGUCUGAGUACAUCUCCAGUACAUUCUUAGACAAGCAACACGAGGUGGAAAUGCCAUCGCCCCAGUCCCAGAAAGAAAAGGAGAAGAAGAAAAGGCCGAUGUCCCAGAUUAGUGGUGUAAAAAAGCUAACACACAGUUCCAGCCUUACCAACUCUAACAUCCCUCGGUUUGGGGUUAAAACUGAAACAGAGGAUGAACUGGCUAAGGAGCUUGAAGAUGUAAAUAAAUGGGGCCUUAAUGUCUUCAAAGUGUCAGAAUUUUCUGGGAACAGACCUUUAACGGUUAUGAUGUACACAGUAUUCCAGGAGAGGGACUUGUUAAAGACGUUUAAAAUUCCCCUCGACACGUUUAUCACCUAUCUGAUGACUUUAGAGGACCAUUACCAUGCUGACGUUGCCUAUCACAACAACAUCCACGCUGCUGAUGUCACACAAUCCACUCACGUCCUGUUAUCAACCCCUGCCCUUGAGGCUGUGUUUACAGACCUUGAAAUUCUCGCUGCCAUAUUUGCCAGUGCGAUUCAUGAUGUUGACCAUCCUGGCGUCUCCAACCAGUUUCUCAUUAACACUAACUCUGAGCUGGCCCUCAUGUAUAAUGAUUCGUCUGUGUUGGAGAAUCAUCAUCUGGCUGUAGGUUUUAAACUGCUGCAGGAAGAGAACUGUGACAUCUUCCAGAACCUGACCAAGAAACAGAGACAGUCGCUUCGCAAGAUGGUCAUUGACAUUGUUCUGGCCACAGACAUGUCUAAGCACAUGAAUUUGUUGGCGGAUCUUAAAACUAUGGUGGAGACCAAAAAGGUGACCAGCUCUGGGGUAUUACUGCUGGACAACUACUCUGACAGGAUACAGGUCUUGCAGAACAUGGUGCACUGUGCAGACCUCAGUAACCCCACAAAGCCGCUGCAGCUGUACAGGCAGUGGACGGACCGCAUCAUGGAGGAGUUCUUCAGCCAGGGGGACAGAGAGCGGGAACGAGGCAUGGAGAUCAGCCCCAUGUGCGACAAGCACAACGCAUCAGUCGAGAAGUCCCAGGUGGGCUUUAUCGAUUACAUCGUGCACCCACUGUGGGAGACGUGGGCAGACCUGGUGCACCCAGAUGCCCAGGACAUCUUGGACACGCUGGAGGACAACAGGGAGUGGUACCAGAGCACCAUCCCCCAGAGCCCCUCUCCAGCGCUGGACACCAGCAGCGAGGGCCGCCGCACCGCCGGCCAGGAGAAGUUCCAGUUUGAACUGACUCUGGAAGAGGACGGAGAGUCCGACACGGAGAAGGACAGCGGCAGCCCUCCUGAUGAAGAGGAGGAGGAAGAGGAGGAGAACAGCUGCAGUGACUCUAAAACCCUUUGCACACAGGACUCUGAAUGUACAGAGAUCCCCCUGGACGAGCAGGUGGGGGACGCACAGGAGGAUGAGGAGGACGAAGAGGACGACCAGGAGGAGGAAAGGGAACUAUCAGAACCCUGUGUUUUAGAGGAAGAAGAGGAGGAGGAGGAGGAAGAAGAAGAGGACACUGCCAACACGUAACACAGUAUGACACGGCACCUGAACUUUUUUAUAUUAGAGAUGAGAAACACUUAUUUAUGGUUAAGAUAUUAGUUUUUUUCAUUGUCUAUUUUGCAUACGUCGUUCAGAAGUGCUUUUUAAAUGUCCGCCUUUAAUCUGUUUUCUUUUGAUUUUUCAUUCCACACUCUUUUUUUUGGUUUUCAACCAUUUUUACACUCAGGAAUAUCUUUUCCACUCCCACCUGUCAUCAUACAAACAAACGAAACAAAUGAAAGGUUAAAAAGCUCGAUUUUUAUUCCUGAUUGUGAGGUACUUUCUUUGUUUUUUUUGACUGAAACAGUAUUUAACUUAGAAAGCAGCUGUUUUUUCACCAACGAGACACUACUUUUUCCUGUUUAUCUGAAGGAAAGUGGCAAUUCGAAGCAUUUUAGCAGACAAACACUUCAUGCUUUGAACUUCACGUCUUCCUGAUGCCUUGAAUGUGUUUUUAAUCUGAAUUUAGCUGUCUGUUGUGUUUGCGUAUCAGUCAUCAUUUGAAGUGAAUGGACCUGGUACCAAAGUGAAAAGAACUCGUGAGACACCAUUUUCCACACUGAAAAUGCUCAUUUUCAGUUUAAUUACCAUAUUUGGGGUAAAUAUGGAAAUGUGGUCAUUUUCACAUCUUUUUAUUAUUUUUUUUUUUAACUUAUUGGUUAUAUCGAGUCCAGUUUUAUUCAAAAUAUUUUUAUUAUUUUAUCCUCAGCUUAAUAGUACAUAAUAAUAGCUGAUUAUGGUCAUAUUUCAACUUUUUAAAAUGUUAUUCCCCCAAGAACAAGAACUCAUAAUUCUGUUAUGAAAUAAUAGCUUGAUAAUAAAUAAUAAAUAAUAGCUUUUUGUUACCUACCAAAAAUGUACAAAAACAUUUUAGCAAUGAAGUCAAAUAAAUCCUGGUUAUCACUUCAUAAAUGAAUGAUUUAUAAACUAUAUGAAUUAUUACUGUAAUUAAAUAAUAAUAAUGCUAUUAAUAAUAAUAAUAAUAAUAAUUAUUAUUAUUAUUAUUAUUAUGCUGGUGAUCCUGGGUACCCACUUCAUACAUAAUAAUAAUAAAAAAAAAGUAUAUUAUUAUUAUUAUUAUUAAUCAUAAUUAUAAUUAUUAUAUUAUUCGUAAUAAUUUAUUGUUGUUAUUAUUAUUGUCAUUAUCAUCAUCAUCAUCAUCGCAGCAUUAUUAUGACAAUAUAAUUUUUUAUUGUUAUUAAAUGACAGUAAUGCUAAUAAAAAUAUUAGUAAUAAUAAUAGUAAUUAUUAUUAUUAUUUUUAUAAUAAUAAUAAUUGUUAUUUUAUUAAUAAUAAUACUAAUAAUAAUAAUAAUAUUGUUAUUAUUAUAUUGGUGAUGCUAAUGUUUGCUUUUUUAUUAGUAGUAGUAGUAGUAGUAGUAGUAGUAAUUAUAAUAAUAACAGUUAAUAUAAUAAUAACAAUUAUUAUUGUCAUCAUCAUCAUCAUCAUCAUCACAGCAUUAUUAUAAUAAAAUGAAUACUGUUUAUUACUUUAUAAAUAACAAUAUAAAUUAUUAUUGUAAUGAAAUAAUGAGAUAAUAAUAAUAAUAAUAAUAAUAAUAAUUAUUAUUAUUAUUAUUAUUAUUACUAUUAUGUUGGUGAUCCUGGGUACCCAGGUAUUAAAGAUAAUUUAUGGUGUUAUUAUUAUUGUCAUCAUCAUCAUCAUUAUUUACAGCAGCAUUAUUUAUUUACAAUAGGAAUAAUAAUAAUUAUUAUUCACCAUUAUUAUUUUUGUCCCUGUUCAUUUUUUUCUCAGAAACGUUUUCCAGCUGUUUGGUGCCAUGUGUCCCUGGCCGGUUAAACAGAAAACAGCUGUCGUAAAUGAUGAAGCUCAAUUUAGCGGUUUCUGUUGUCACAUGAUCACGGGACAAUCAGCUUCAGUGCAAAGCCUCAUCAUAAGCGUGAAUCUAGUUGCACUGUACUUUUUUUGUAAUUAGUAUUUAUUCAGUUUAUUUUUGACAUUGCCAAACAUUACCAGUCGCAAUGAUUUGAACUGCUGCUUUACUCAUCUCUGUCAAGUGUCCUACUGUACAAACAUCCUCUUGGUUUUGUUAGGUUCAUGCUAGCAUUAUUUAUUAAUGCUCUUUGAUGUGCUUGUAGCAUAUUAAAGCGUUUCAAUCAAACUGUAGCAUCGGCAAUGCAGGCUUGCGAGUCGGUUUUCGUUAAUAUAUUACUUUAAUUAUACAUGCAGUAAAUAUACCUAAUCAAAUGUACAAAAUUCUGUAUAAUAUGGAAGCCUUUUGAAACGACCCCUUUCUCGUUGCUUUAUUUAAAACUCGUUGCCAAGUUUUAGCUCAUAUUUUUGGAUUGUCUCCAUUCUCUCCAUUGGUUCUCAUUCCUCUCUGUUUACAUACAUGUAUUUAUUGUGCUGUACAGUACAUAUUGUUGCUCUUAUCAUGUGGUUGUAUAUGAUUAUAUCAUCCCUUUUGGUGAUGGUGUUGUAUUAUGGAACUCUUACUGAGAGAAUGUUUGUAAUUCUUAGUAUGUAAUGAUCCCAUUGAUAUGUGUCUCUAGAGAGAUUGCGUAGAGAAAGGGAAAGCCAAAUUAUAGUCAUUACUGUGUUUAUUUUUCAUUCUUUCUUUCUUUUUAAAAGAAAGUGGUUCCGUGGCCUGAGGGUUGUGCCUUACAGAUAGCUCUUUAGAUUUUAUCCUCUUGCUGCACUAAAGAAACUACUGGCUGGAAAUUGACCUAGAUGUGUUUGUCGUGUUCCUCCUGUUCACUUAUGUGGCGUAAAUGCUCCCAGCAUAUAACAAACGAAAAAGUUGUCAGACCUCAUCGGACAGGGUAAAAGCAGGCCAGUGUGAUGGGCUUGGGUUUGCGACCACCUCCGUCAUAUUUCCGUCUAUGCUGUGUUCAUCUGACCGACACAUUCAAAGACAUUUGCGUUUCAUGCAAUAUGAGGAGAGAAAACAUCUUUCUGUUUUGGGGGAAAACAGGGCAUUUUUGAUUUCCAGAUCCAGAGAGGGGUUAGAGCAUCCUUCACAAAAAGCCCAAAACGCUCAAUUUGGGACUCAUUUUGACACAUAUACUGUAGAUUCUUAUUGACCCUAAAUGGAUGAAAUCAGUGUGUCCUUCUCGUCUCUUUUUAAAUCGUCAGAGAAAUACACAAACAGAAUUUGACAAAUGAUAUUUAGGGAUAACUAUUUUUUUGUUAUGUGACUUGAAUGACAAAACUUGUCUGGAGGUUUCACAAGACCGUGUAGUUGUUUAUCGGACUCCUUGUUUAUCGCAGUCUAUUGGAUAGAACUGUAGAAAUAAAAAUUUACGUACGAAAACUGGUAAAAUCCAAUAAAAAUGUUUUUUUAUAUGCACCAAAAUAAAAGCAUGGGUUGACUCUAUCAUGUUGUCUCUUGUUUCCUCUGAAAAUGACCUGCAGGCUCUCUAUCAACAAAUCUAUGAUUGACUAUGAAUUUAUUAUAUACAUUUUUUAAGAUUUUUAUUUUUUGUAAAGUUUAAAUAGUUUUUGUCAUUUUGAUUUGAUAUAUUUGUGUUUAUUAUAUAAUAUACUUUUUGAAUAAAAUAAUUUUGUUUUA